AUGUAUCUAUAUAUCUGUCUGUCAAUCUAUCUAUCUAUCUAUCUAUCUAUCUAUCUAUCUAUCUAUCUAUCUCAGUCCUGUUCAUAUCUAUCUAUCUAUAUCUAUGUAUGUCAAUCUAUUUAUCUCAGUAGACGUUUUAUUUUCUUCUUUCUUUCUUUUUUUCUUGUUUUUUUCUUUCUUUUCCUAACGCACUCUCAUUUCUCUUUCUCUCCUACACACUUUUUCUCUUUUUCUCACUCGCUCAUUGUCACUCUCUCUAAUUCUUUCUUUCUUUCUUUCUUUCUUUCUUUCUUUCUUUCUACGCUUUUGUUUGUUUGUUUCUUUCUUUCUUCAUACUAUUUCUUUCUUUUCUUUUUUCUUUCUUUUUUGCAUACUCUUUUCUUUCUUUUUCUGUAUAUCUUUUCUUUCUUUUUUCUUCUUUCUUUCAUUUUUUUCUGUAUACGCUUUUGUUUCUUUCCUUCUUUCUUUCGUCUGCAUACUUUUUUCUUUUUCCUUUCUUUCUUUUUUCUACAAACGCUUUUCUUUCUUAUUCCUUUUAUUUAUUAUUUUUUUCUUUAUAUUAUUUUCUUCCUUUCUGCAUACUCUUUCCUUUAUUUGUUCCUGCAUAAUCAAUCUUUCUUUCUUUCUUUCAUUCUUUCUUUCUUUCAUUCUUUCUUUCUUUUUUCCGCAUGCCCUUUUUUUCUUUCUUUCUUUUUCCGCAUACUUUUUAUUUUUUCUGCAUUUUCUUUCUUCAUAGUCUUUUCUUUUUCUUUCUUUUUUUCUGCAUACUCUUGUCUCUCUUCUUUCUUUCUUUCUUUCUUUCUUUCUUUCUUUCUGGGAGGAUUUAUUUUCUUUCUUUCUACAUACCCUUUCCUUUCUUUCAUUCGUUCUUUCUUUCUUUCUUCAAGCAUUUUCAUUCUUUCUUUCUUUUUUCCGCAUACUCUUUUUCUUUUCUUUUUUGCAUAUUCUCUUUUUUCUGUCUUUCUUUUUUCGUAUACUUUUUCGUUUUUUUCUUUUUCUACAUUUCCUUUCUUUCUUCAUAAUCUUUUCUUUUUCUUUCUUUUAUUCUGCAUACACUUUUCUCUCUUCUUUCUUUCUUUCUUCCUUCCUUUCUUUCUGGGCAGAUUCAAUUUCUUUCUUUCUACACACUCUUUCCUUUCUUUCUUUCUUUCUUUCUUUCGUUCUUUCUUUCUUUCUUUCUUCAUUUCUUUCUUUCGUUCUUUCUUUCUUCAACAAUUUUCAUUCUUUCUUUCUUUUUCCGCAUACUCUUUUUUCUUUCUUUCUUUUUUCUGCAUACUUUUUCUUUUUUUCUUUUCUUUUUUUGCAUAUUCUCUUUUUUUCUUUCUUUCUUUUUUGCAUGCUCUUUUCCUUCUCUCUUUCUUUUUUCUGCAUAAACUUUUCUCUCUUCUUUCUUUCUUGUAG